UUGAGCCGCUAGACGAGGCAAAAGCCGCCGCCGGCGCUGGAAGAUGGCGGUUGGGAUGGAGAGGCGGCGGCAAGAGCCGCCGCCGCCCCAGGGCUGGGGAAAAGGGCAACGGGGAUCGCCGUGUAGGCGAGGCUGAGGAAGGGAAGCGCCGCCGCCCGCGUCUCUCCCACCUCUUCCUCAGUCGCCUCCUUCCACCCUGUCGGAGCCUCGGUCGACUCCCCUCUUCUUCCCGAGAUGGACCCUGGCUGGCAGCGCUGCUGUGGGAGAGUCCUCGAGAGCUCUUGCGGGCGCUGCCGCCCUGAGGCGCUGACUUGAGCCCGCUGGUUCCCGAGGGAGGAGGGCUGGGUGUGUGGCUCCCCCCUCCACGCUGUGCGAAGGAGGACUCCGAGUCACGUUCGCGGCUGGGCUCCCCGGGCUGCCGCUGCAGUCGCCACGGAAGAUGUCGGAUACCAAGGUGAAAGUUGCCGUCAGAGUCCGGCCCAUGAACAGGAGAGAGCUGGAUUUGAAUACCAAGUGCAUUGUGGAGAUGGAAGGGAAUCAAACUGUUUUGUAUCCUCCACCUUCAAACAACAAGCAGGGAGAAAACAGGAAACCUCCAAAGGUAUUUGCCUUUGAUUACUGCUUUUGGUCUAUGGAUGAAUCAAACACUGCAAAAUAUGCAGGUCAAGAAGUAGUAUUCAAGUGCCUUGGUGAAGGAAUUCUUGAGAAGGCCUUUCAGGGAUAUAAUGCCUGCAUUUUUGCCUAUGGACAAACAGGCUCAGGAAAAUCCUUCUCAAUGAUGGGCAACACGGAACAGCUGGGUCUGAUUCCACGACUCUGCUGCGCUUUAUUUCAGAGAAUUACUUUAGAAGAAAAUGACUCUCACACUUUUAAAGUUGAAGUGUCCUAUAUGGAAAUUUAUAAUGAAAAAGUCCGAGAUUUAUUGGACCCUAAAGGGAAUCGACAGUCCCUCAAAGUUCGUGAGCACAAAGUGUUGGGUCCGUAUGUAGAUGGUUUAUCUCAACUAGCCGUUACAAACUUUGAGGAUAUUGAGUCAUUGAUGUCAGAAGGGAACAAGUCCCGAACAGUUGCAGCAACCAACAUGAAUGAGGAGAGCAGCCGUUCCCAUGCUGUAUUUAAUAUUAUAGUAACUCAGACACUUUACGACCAGCAGUCUGGUAACUCAGGAGAGAAAGUGAGUAAAGUCAGUCUAGUGGAUUUGGCUGGAAGUGAAAGAGUAUCUAAAACAGGAGCAGCAGGAGAACGUCUGAAAGAAGGCAGCAAUAUAAACAAGUCACUCUCAACACUAGGUUUGGUUAUCUCAUCACUUGCAGACCAAGCAGCUGGGAAGGGGAAAAACAAGUUUGUGCCUUACAGAGAUUCUGUACUCACCUGGCUUCUCAAGGACAACUUGGGAGGAAAUAGCCAGACAGCCAUGAUAGCUACAAUCAGUCCAGCUGCUGAUAAUUAUGAAGAGACACUCUCUACACUGAGAUACGCAGACAGAGCCAAAAGAAUAGUUAAUCAUGCUAUAGUAAAUGAAGAUCCAAAUGCCAGGGUCAUCAGAGAACUGCGUGAAGAAGUAGAAAAACUGAAAGAACAACUUUCUCAAGCAGAGGCUAUGAAGGCACCAGAGUUAAAGGAAAAAUUGGAGGAAUCUGAAAAACUAAUAAAAGAACUGACUGUCACUUGGGAGGAGAAGCUUAGGAAAACAGAAGAAAUUGCACAGGAAAGACAGAGGCAACUAGAAAGCAUGGGUAUCUCCCUUGAAUCUUCUGGCAUCAAAGUAGGGGAAGAUAAAUGCUAUCUGGUGAAUCUAAAUGCAGACCCUGCACUCAAUGAAUUACUGGUUUAUUAUUUAAAGGAUCACACCAGAGUUGGCGCAGAUACAUCUCAGGAUAUACAGCUGUUUGGAAUAGGUAUCCAACCAGAACAUUGUGUAAUAGAUAUUGCAACAGACGGGGAAGUUUCUCUCUCGCCAAAAGAAAAUGCAAGAUCCUGUGUAAAUGGUACAUUGGUAUGUUCUGCAACACAGCUCUGGCAUGGCGAUAGAAUCUUAUGGGGAAACAACCACUUUUUUAGAAUCAAUUUACCUAAAAGAAAGCGACGAGAUUGGUUGAAAGAAUCUGAAAAAGAAACGCUGUUAGCAGAACAUGAUUUGGAUGCUGCUAGUGAAGCUUCUUCAGAACCGGACUAUAACUAUGAAUUUGCACAGAUGGAAGUUAUAAUGAAAACACUGAACACCAAUGAUCCAGUACAAAAUGUAGUCCAGGUCCUAGAGAAGCAAUAUUUGGAAGAGAAGAGGAGCGCUUUGGAGGAACAGCGGUUAAUGUAUGAACGUGAACUGGAGCAACUGCGACAGCAGCUCUCUCCAGAAAGGCGGUUUCAGCAUUGCAGUGAUAGGCUUUCAGACACUGGCCAGACUGCUCAGCAGAAAGUGAACCUCUGGUCAGAAGAGAGGGAUGAGUUAUUUCGACAGAGCCUAGCUAAAUUAAGAGAGCAGAUCGUUAAAGCCAAUACACUAGUGAGGGAAGCAAACUUCUUAGCAGAAGAAAUGAGCAAACUAACAGAUUACCAGGUGACACUGCAGAUCCCUGCUGCUAACCUGAGCGCUAACAAGAAGAGAGGACUGAUAGUAAGUGAACCAGCUAUUCAAGUCAGAAGAAAACGAAAAGGAACUCAGGUCUGGAGUAUUGAGAAGUUGGAGAACAAGCUAAUUGACAUGAGAGAUCUGUAUCAAGAAUGGAAGGGGAGAAUCCAUGAGGUGAAGAAACUCACUGGCAAAAAAGGUGACCCUUUCUAUGAAGCACAAGAAAACCACAAUUUAAUUGGUGUCGCAAAUGUAUUUUUGGAGUGCCUUUUCUGUGAUGUUAAACUUCAGUAUGCAGUGCCAAUAAUUAGUCAGCAGGGGGAGGUCGCAGGGCGACUGCAUGUUGAAGUGAUGCGUGUCACUGGUGCUGUCCCUGAACGUAUGGUAGAAGAUGACUCUUCUGAAAAUUCCAGUGAAAGUGGAAGCCUUGAGAUCAUGGACAACAAUGGAGAAAUUAUUCACAGGCCUAAAAAACUCACUUGCAGGGUAACAAUUAAAGAAGCAACAGGUCUACCACUGAAUCUCUCAAACUUUGUCUUCUGUCAGUAUACCUUUUGGGAUCAGUCUGAGUCAACUGUUGCCGCUCCAGUUGUAGAUCCAGAUGUGCCUUCACCUCUGAGCAAGGAUGCCCAGUUUACAGUAACUUUCUCUCAUUGUAAGGAUUAUGUAGUAAAUGUAACAGAAGAAUUUUUGGAGUUCAUGGCAGAUGGAGCACUUGCUAUUGAAGUAUGGGGUCACCGAUGUGCUGGCAAUGGCAGCUCCAUAUGGGAGGUGGAUUCUCUUCAUGCAAAAACCAGGACCUUGAGAGACAGAUGGAAUGAAGUAACACGUCGAAUUGAAAUGUGGGUUUUAAUUCAAGAACUGAAUGAAAUGGGUGAUUAUACAGCCGUGGAACUCCACCAGGCAAAGGAUGUAAACACAGGAGGGAUUUUCCAGCUUAGACAGGGCCAUUCUCGUAGAGUUCAGGUGACAGUCAAACCAGUGCAACAUUCAGGAACACUGCCGCUUAUGGUGGAAGCCAUUCUCUCCAUUUCUAUUGGUUGUGUGACUGCCAGGUCAACCAAAUUACAAAGGGGCUUGGACAGCUACCAGAGAGAUGAUGAUGAUGGUGGUGAUAUGGAUAGUUAUCAGCUUCUGUCUGCUCCUCACUCUGCAUUUUUAUCUGUUGGAAUUGUUUCCAGUAUUGAGUCUGACUGGCAGAAAAGAUACAGACAGCGGGGCUGCUGCAAGCAGAGAGAAGGAUUAGAAGAAGACUUAAAUUGUGUGAGAGAGAGGUGGUCUGAGGCACUAAUAAAACGGAGAGAAUACUUAGAUGAGCAGAUUAAGAAAAUCAGCAAUAAACAAGUGAAAACGGAUGAUGAUGAAGAAAGAGAAGCACGACUUGUAGAACAGUGGGUGGGUCUAACAGAAGAGAGGAAUGCUGUGCUUGUCCCAGCUCCAGACAGUGGGAUUCCAGGUGCUCCUGCAAAUUGGAUCCCACCUGCUGGAAUGGAAACACAUAUACCUGUCCUUUUCCUUGAUUUGAAUGCUGAUGACCUCAGUGCCAAUGAACAACUUGUAGGUCCACAUGCAUCGGGAGUUAAUUCAAUACUACCAAAGGAGCAUGGAAGUCAAUUCUUUUACCUGCCAAUCAUAAAACAUAGUAAUGAUGAGGUAUCAGCCACUGCUGCCUGGGAUUCAUCUGUGCAUGAUUCAGUGCACUUGAAUAGGGUAACACCUCAGAAUGAGAGAAUCUACUUAAUAGUGAAGAUCACAAUCCAGCUCAGCCAUCCUGCUACAAUGGAAUUGGUGUUACGUAAAAGGAUUGCAGCUAAUAUUUACAAUAAACAGAGUUUCACCCAGAGUCUGAAAAGAAGAAUAUCCUUGAAGAAUAUAUGUUAUGCUUGUGGUGUGACCUAUGAAAUAGUGUCAAAUAUACCAAAGGCUACAGAAGAAAUUGAGGACCGAGAGACCCUGGCUCUGAUGGCAGCCAAGAGUGAAAAUGAGGGUACAUCAGAUGGUGAAACUUACAUAGAGAAAUAUACGCGUGGAGUAUUGCAUGUAGAAAAUAUUUUGAGUCUGGAACGACUAAGACAGGCAAUCACAGUCAAAGAAGCUUGUUCUUCCAAAGCUCGACACAUACGGAGGAGUGUUAGCACACCAAAUGUUCACAAUGUAUCUUCUAGCCGCUUAGAUCUUUAUGGCUGUGAUGAAGAUAAGGGUUGGUCAGAAGGGCAGCUAGAUAUAUUGGACUGUUCCACCAGUUAUCAAGAUGUAUCAUGUUAUGGUACUUUACCCAGGGAUUCAUCUUGGAGAAGUAAAGAUGCCAGUGGUACUGUAUUGGAAAAUCCACAGGCAUCAAUCAUCAGUCCAUUUAAAGCAUUUUCUCCUCAGCCUCCCAAGUUUUUCAAACCUUUAAUGCCAGUAAGAGAAGAGAACAAAAAGACCUCUCUUGAAACUCGGCCUCUACUUAGCAAAGAGCCUUUGCAGAGCAUGUCGUCAUCUCAGGUACAUAACACUGCCUGUGUUGUGCCCUCGGGAAGUAAUCUCAGUAGCAUGCCAGUAGAACACAAUAGCAUACAUGUGAAGAAGAUUGAUUCCGAAGAAGAAGAAGAGUUGCAGACCAUUAACAAGAAGCCUUAUGUGCCUGAGGAGUUUGCUGAUUUUAGUGUUUAUAAUGCUAGCUUGGAAAGCAGGGAAUGGUUAUCCUCUAAAGGAGACUUUGUAAACUCUCGGAUUCUUGAGAAAGAGGUAUCUCGUAGCCCCACCACUAGCAGUAUUACUAGUGGCUACUUUUCUCACAGUGCCUCAAAUGCUACUUUGUCUGAUAUGCUAGUUUCCUGUAGUGAUAGCACAGACCAAUUAGCAAAUCAGAUUAAGGAUCUGGACUCUAAUGACCAUUGUGUAUCUCAUAUGUCCCAUGAUUUAAGAUUUUCACACAAGGAGGCUUUGGAUCAAGAAAGGGGCUGGGCUAAAGAUAAGAGAGUCAUGUCACCGCUCAAAGGAAACAAUGCCUCAGCAAGAGAGAUUCCACUGUCUGAAAGUACCUCUAACACCGAUGCCACAAAACUACAAGGUUCAGUUGGGGAUUUUUCAGAUAAUAAAAACCCAGAACAUGGAAUUGAAUUUACAUCUCGAGAAGUAACAGUUGAGCACACUUCAAAUGUUUUCGAAGAUUAUGCUUUUACAGAAUUCAUGGGUGUUGAAGAUGGAAAGGAACUUGAACGUUCAGGAGUGCCACAAUUCUCUUCUAAUGGCUCUUCUAAUAGAAGAAAAAAGCUCUCUGCAGGUGAAACAAACUGUGCCACAGGAUUCUCCCCAAAAAACUACAAGGAAAAACCAGUGAGCCAACUGGAGGCUACACAAGUAGAGUACCAGCAGACAAGUUGUACUGAAAACCCUUUAUUGACUGUCAUAGUAAAAGAGGAUUCAUACUGUCAUAUGUAUACAGAUUCUUGCCUAGCAGAUGACUUUGCUGGAAAAAAUAAUGCGGAUAGCUCUGGUUAUGAAGAUGUUACUUCUGAAGAGUACCCUCACUGGGUGGCAGUGGGGGAACAAGUGUGUAUUGGAAGCAAUAAAUCUGGCAUAGUGAGAUAUAUUGGGCCAGUGGAUUUUUCAGCUGGUACUUGGGUUGGCAUUGAAUUACAUUUCCAGAUGGGGAAACAUGAUGGCACAGUAAACGGCAGAGAGUAUUUCCACUGCAAGCCACAACACGGGGUAUUUGUUCGUCCUGGAUGUCUCACUAAAGCACCAGUUUCCGCAACAAAAUGUGGUGGCACUUCAGAGUCUCAGGUAUCCUCCAACAUAGAAAAGUGGAAGAGUUCAGUUCAAGGUUCACAUUCCUUCAAAACAGGAGCAGCAACCCUCUGUCAGCCAAGAGAUGCAGCAGCUUCUGCUUUUUCUAGAAAACAGGAGAUCAGAAAAUCUUGGAUCAACUAAAGCUGCAGUUUUGUUUUUGCACUUGCUACACAAAUCACUGUGUGGAGACACUUUUUUUCUGAAGUGAUUGGUUGUAAUCUGUCCUUAUUGAAUGUUUGAAUCAUGGACGUAAUUUUCCAGUUCUUUUAUAAAUAAUAUAUAUGUAAAAUGACUGUAUCUUUUGCCUGCCAAAAGGCAAACAUGACUGUACACUAAAUUACAGUUAGUUUGUAGAUACUGUGAGGUACCUGACUGUUGGUUACUCAGCAAAUUAGAUCAUAUUUUAAAUGAAAUAUUUUAUUGUGUGGGAAGGUAAUGGGAUGUACAUAUGUGUCUGAGGGAGAACUGACAAUGUGCUGUUAAUUACCAAAGAACACAGUUGCUGUUUAUCUUGUGUUUAUUUUACAUGUUUGUUUGAACUUAUAGGCUCCGUGCCAUAUUUUUAGACAUUAACACUAGGCAUCAUGCUGCCUUAUAUCCUGUGUUUUGUAAGCACACUGAAGAGACUGUGGGUUUGGGGUUUGGGUUUUAUGUGGUCUUCCUAUGGGCCUGCCACUGUGCUGAAUUCUUGACAUGUGCUGAAAACAUUAACAAUGCCUAAAGCUUGUAUGUUUGGUGUUUCACGUGCCAAUGCAGGCCAACCAGGCAACAUGAAUGCAGAAACAGUAUUAUUCUACAGAAGGUGGACAACAUUUUCAACAAAUGGCUUCUUUGGAAACAGGGAGGAUCCAGUACUGCAAGCAGCAGUAUUGGAUCACAGCUGUAAACCAUUCACUGUUCAUUGCUGGCUGUGUCCAAACUGAAAUGAAAUGUUCUGAGCUGAUUUAAUGCGGAAAGUUCAUUUUUAACUCUGAAUUUGAUAUGAUUCUUUUGAGUCCUUGGCAGGCUAUUCCAUGUAUAGAUGCUGUCUUGGAUAUUUAUAAAGUAACAAAUGGUAAAGGAAAAGUAUGAAUGGCCUGCUGUAUAUGUUGUUCUUUAUUUCUUGGAAAGUAAUUGAAAUAGUGGGACCUUACAGAAAAGCUGCUGUUCUUCUUUGAUUCAUAUGUAUAGUAAGUUCUCUUAGUAUUUUGCUACUUACUGUAAAAAGUGUAAUUUAUAUUCUAUUUCUGCUAUACUGUAUUUAAUUGGUACAGAACUUGUGUUAGAAUACAAAUGAUUUACUUCAGAUUUUAUAAAUGUUUGUGCCUGUGUUUACAUUAUGUAAUAUAAGACUCGGUCAGAUAAAAGGUUUAGUUACUGAUUCAUACCUUUGGCAUACACUUUAAUAUACAUGUUGUAAAGAGAAUAGUGUUUUUAAAAUGGAUGGAUGUGUCACUGAUUUAAUCAAAAGCCCUAUCCAAGGUAGCAAUUUUUUCUCACAGAUUACAGGAAACAUAAGAUACAUGCUAUUGUAUGUAACAUUUUAGUUUAUAAAUGUAGAUGUAUAUGCGUUUGCAGAAUUAUAAGAAUGCCUCCAUACAUUUAUAAAUUUUCUUAGCCCGAUAUAUAGUCUUAUUUGUAUCUGCAUGUUCAGUUCUUCACUCCAGCAGUCAUUUCCACAGUGAACCUCUCUUUACCAUCUCCACAGUGCAGUAUGGAAUAAACGUCUCCUCUUCAUUUUGGUGCAUUUGCCUCAACUGCAAGGAAGUACUUUAAUUCAGCAAUAAAUGGUUGUUUCAGAAUUUAAGUGCAGAUGCACUUACAGUUACAACACAAUGCACACUAACAUUUUAUAAUAGUUGCAGGAUGGCAAAUGCUGCAAAUGAAGUUCAAAGUUGAAAUUUGAUUGUAAAUACAUUUUUAAAUGAUCUGAAUCAAUAAAAGUGUAUGGUAAGGGCAGUUUGAAAAUCAAAGCUAUUUUGUGCUUUCAAGAAUACUUCUAAUAUUGACAGUCUGAGGUAGAAUUUCCAAAGAGCUUAAGACACAACAUUGUGAAAUAAGUAGUAUGCAGUAGGAUAGACAAAAGAAAGCAGUACUGGCAGCUGGUGUUUUUUUGUCAUUAUGUAUUUUUGAUGUAGAUUCUAGAAUACAACUUCCAGUUGCAACAUUCAGUUCUAAUAUUGUGCACUCACAUCUUAGCACAUCAGUAUUUGCCAUUCAUGCACAUAUUGUUUUUGGUUGGAAUAAAGAACCCUUGUUAA